CUCAUUGAUUAAUUUCAUCGAAAAGGUUCCAGAUACGAAUCCACUCCGCAUCACCACUAGGCCUGCCAUCGAGCACUUUAUUUUAGUUCAUUAACUAAGCAAAUGGAAUUCAGUUGAGCUUCGACUCUGGCGGACAGAGCAUCCGGUCAUGUCUCAUUUGUUGGUGCAAAUAUAUUUCGGAUACGCGCUGGCUAUAGGCAUAACUUCGAAUCGGAUGGUAGGCUCAAUCUUUAAGCAGACAUGUUUCUCGAGAUGUUAUGCACUGGUCGUGAAUAUCGCAACCCUCGUGCUAACUCCAGCACUUCUUUGGGAGUCACGGAAUGGUUUUCGGGGAUCUCAUUCCUUCCCAAAACUUAUUUUGAUUACCUUCCAUGUGCGAUACCUGGUCGCGUAUGCGGUCAUAUUAUAUACGGUAUUAUCGCGCGGUUUUCGGGACAGAGCCCUAAAGGAAGUGCAGCCCCUUCUCAUCAAGUUAAUGCACGAGGAAAAGCGUAAUGGAAGGCAGAGGCUCACACGAUCCCUCCUGCUGCCCCUCUACCUGAAGUUCUUCAUGGCGAUUUACAUGUGCUUGACUAUAUGGAUAUUCCACUCUUACUCUGGCCCGGAAAUUAAUUGGAAGACAAUAGCUAAAAUUAUAUUUCUAGGCAAUGCCCUCAACAUCCUAGAGAUCGUCCCCAUGGGCUACUUUUUGGCACUGUGGCACAUUGCAAGUGGCUAUGACUUAGUCAACCAACGGUUGGACGAUAUCAUGGCAUCCACUCCCGUUGAUUUUGAGAAACUACAAAACAUUUGGUCGCUUCAUGCUGCAUUAACCAGAACAGCGAUAAGGGUCAACAAGAUAUAUGGCCUUCAGAUGCUGGCAAACCGCUUCGAUAACUUUAUUUACGGUGUGAUCAAUGCCUACUGGGGAACGUUUUUUACCUUCGACGCCGAUACGAAUUUUGUAUGGGUAGUCAUUGGUUCCGUCACGUAUUGGAUCCGAUGCGUGGACUCUUAUUUGAUCGACCACAUGAGCGACUUGGUCAUGCGAUACCAGAGCUCACCAAAGCAUGCCUGGAGCGAGAGGUGCUGGUCGCAAGAGAUCAACUCCUAUGUGACCUAUGUUAGCAGCUCCAAGCUACAGCUUCGGACAUGUGGUCUCUAUCAAGAGAAUCGAAGUCUAUGGUUCGAAACGAUUAGUAGCAUUUUGUAUUACUAUAUAAUGCUCCUACAGUUUCACCUGGUGAUGAGGAAUUAAUCGACAGGAGAUGGCAUUCCUGUGGCAGAUGCUCUCAUCUAUAAUACUAUUGCUUGAAAUCCUCCUUUAUGUAGAGAGAAUUUUAUAAAAUAUAGUUUUUCUUAAUUGAAAAUUGGGGAUAAGCAGAUUUUAAGCUUUCUAAUGUUGGUGGAUACCACAAUUACCUGACUGUAGGGUUGUCAAAUGGUCUGGUCCACAUUUGCUUGGUAAACAAAACCAUAAAGUGCUAAUCUGUUUGUUUUUGAUCGAAUGAACAACUACCCUUACCUUUUUUUUAUUUUCAUAUGUGUGGAAGUGAUCAAUUUAUAAUGUGCUGUGUAUCGGAAUCUUGGAAUUUUCAAUACCAU